GUGCUCACAGCACGAGUAAACAAAGUAGCGGACAAGACCGAUGGAGAGCCAUGGUGGUCACACGGCGAGCAUGGGGCACCUACAACUCAUCAACCUUCCCCUCUACUCCCAUUCCCGCACGAAUCCAGCAACCAUGCAAAGAGAGACAUUCUCCGUGGCAGCUCGAUCGCAACCACAACGGCAUCGAUGAGGUCGAUCGAUCCAUAUAUAUAUAAAGCCGCGGCACGCAUCUACCAUCAUCGAACACCAACUAGAUUUCUUGGAGCAUUAAUUAAUACGUACUCCCCCCUCUCGCUCCGCCAUGCGCCGGCGGCCGGCCGGUUCAGCCAUGGCUGCCCCGGCGCUCCACGUGGCGAUCCUCGCCGCCGUCCUGCUGCUGCCGUUCCUCAGCGUGCCGGCGGAGGCGCAGACCAAGAAGUUCUGCCUCACCCAGUUCGCCAUCGCCAGCCAGGCCUGCGCCAUCCUGCCGCCCACCAGCCCGGAGCACCGUCACCACGAUCACGACGACGACGAGGAUGAGGAUGAGGACGAGGAUGAGGAUGAGGACGAGGACGAGGAUGAGGACGAGGACGAGGACGACGACAGUGGCGGAGGCGGAGGCGGCGGCGGCGGCGGCGGCGGUGGUGAUGACGCUGGUGGUGGCGGUGAUAGCGGUGGUGGCGGUGGUGGCGGCGGCGGCGAUGGUGGUGGUGGCGGCGGCGAGCGCAAUCAGAACAAGAAGAGUGGCGUCGUCAGCAAGCCGGCGGCGUCGAGCGGCGUCACCAGCAAACCCGCGUCGUCGAUGAUCACCGUCGAGGCGGAGGUGGACGCCGCCGACGAAGACGUCGCGGUCGCGCGCCGCAACGGCACCAGGCGCUCCGUGGGGAACCACACCCGAAGCGGCACUGGCGGCGUCACCCGCCGCCGACGCCGACGCUCCAGCAGGCGCCGCCGCCGACGCCACCGCCGUGGGCGUCUGCGCGACGGCGAGGACGGCGGCGACGAGGAUGAGGAUGAAGACGAGGACGAGGACGCAGACGAAGACGAGGAUGAGGACGAGGACGAGGACGAGGACGACGACGAUGACGGUGACGACGACGACGACGAGGACGAGGACAACGACCACCGCGCGUACAGGGACUGCUGCCGGUGGCUGAAGGAGGUGGAGCCCGACUGCGUGUGCGAGGCGCUGCUCCGCCUGCCGCCCUUCCUGGUGAAGCCGCAGCACAAGUACACCGUCAAGGUCGGGGACUCGUGCAAGUUCACCUACAGGUGCGGCGGAACUUGAGGGAAAUGAGAGCGAUCGAUCAAGGUCUGGCAUUUUCCUGUGCGCUACACUGCUACUGCUACGUAUAUAGGUAAUAUAUAUAAUAUCCAUGACUCAUAAUCUGAUCAACAUCAUCAUCAUCAUCAAGUUUGUGUUCUUAUCAAGACUGCAAAGUGCAAAGAUUUGACAGAAACAAUUGUGUCAGUAAUGUGUCAGUCAGUGACUAGCAUCGGCUGGCGUUUCAAAGAAAAUUGUGUCUGUACCCGGAAACAAUUGUGUGUUUAGUAGAGCAAGUGCAAAGAUUUGACAGAAACAAAAAAAAAAGAAGCAAGAAUAAUGUGCCUUGUACUGGUAUAAA